AUGGCAGCUAGAGGCAGCUCUUGCGACCUCUCCGCCACUUCCCAGCUCUGGCUAUGUCAAGCCCGCAAGAUGGCAGUGGGCGAGGAUACCGAGAAAGGGCGGAGAGUGAGGACUAGUGAGGGCCAGACGACAAACAGUCUAGGUCCUGAGACCCCCACAGACUGGACGUCUGGCGAGGAUGAGAUCAGCGCGGCAUCGAAGCACCGACGGGCCGCCUGCUCGCCCUAUAUCAACUUCGUAUCAGCGGCCCUGGCGGAUUCGUGUGGUCUAUGCAUGCCCAUAGCUGCCCGGGCCCCGCCGUCUCCCGCCGCUUUGCAGACCCCUGUGGUAGCUCUUGUCCACGCCGCCUCCGAACCCGUCGAAGCCGAAUCUGCGGCUCAAGCGCGAGUCCACGACGCUGAGACCAACACUCGCAAUGCCCCUGCAUACGACCACUCCCUCAUGCGCACGCCCGAAGACCUGAACUCCAAGCAUCAACAACUGGUCAUUGAGCACCAGCGGGUCGCUGCGCCGCUGCAGAUGCGCUCCGACGAGGAACGAUACAACAAGGCGGCCGGAGGCCUCGCCGUCUAUUCGAAGGCCGACGUUGUCCUCCUCGGCGACGUUCUCGUAGCACUGGACGCGCACACGGCACGCUGGAUCGUCGACAACUGGCCGAAGAGUGAUCAAGGACGCACGGUCUUGCUUGUGACUCACAACAUGGCCAUGGCGAGCCCUAUCGCUGACUUCAUUGUGUCAUUUGGUAACGACGGCCGCGUCUUCAAUCAGGGAUCAUUCUCGAAGAUGAUUGCGAAGGACGACACGCCUCAUCGGAGGGCAGCGCGCAGGAAGACCAUUGCCCUCAUCAUGCGUGCUCCCCACAUUCUCCCCGAUUCACCGACCCCGUUCGUCCACCUCGAGAACACUUCCGAGCCCACCAGGACCUCUCCCUGC